GUUCAUAAUAUUGUUUAUUUGUACUUGUAUUUGUAUUUGUUAGACUGUAUAUAUGUGUACAUUCGAAAAAUCAUAGUUCACAUUCAAAUCAUUAUGAAUCAAAAAUGAUGAUUUUCAUGAAGUUAAUAAUAAUGGUAAGUUUGAAUACGUUGUCUUUAUCUUUGCCAGGUCAUCAUUUUAAGAUAACCUGUCAACCUUUGUUCAUCACAUGAGAUGUUUACUGACGAUGCAUUCAUUACAUAGACGUGAUUUCAUAAGUUGCUGCUUGUAAAAAGGGCAGUAAGAAGUGAGAGGACUGGUGUUUAGUUCAGUGAGAGAAAGGAAUUGUCCAGAACGUCGUUUGUCGCAACUGCAGGAUGCGUCCACUGGCUCUUUUAUGUGUACUUGUGACUGUCUCUAUCACCUGGGCUCGGCCUCACCUCCCUCAUGCCUCAUCCUCAGAGAUGGUCGACCGUAUUAACAAGGCCAACACCACCUGGACGGCCGGGCAGAACUUCCAUAACAUUGAUAUCAGCUAUGUGAAGGGACUGUGUGGGACUAUACUGAAUGGACCCAAGCUGCCAGAGGUGGUUCACAGUACUGAAGGCAUAAAGCUUCCGGACAGCUUUGACGCACGCCAGCAGUGGCCCAAGUGUCCCACAAUCCAACAGAUCAGGGACCAGGGAUCCUGUGGGUCCUGCUGGGCCUUUGGGGCAGCUGAGGCGAUAUCCGACAGGUUAUGUAUCCACAGCAGUGGGCAGAUCUCUUUGGAGAUCUCUGCUGAAGACCUACUGUCCUGCUGUGAUGAAUGUGGCAUGGGCUGCUUUGGUGGUUUUCCCUUUGCUGCUUGGGAGUUCUGGGCAAAGAAAGGACUUGUUACAGGAGGCCUGUAUAGCUCCAAAGUUGGCUGCAGACCCUACAGCAUCGCUCCCUGUGAGCAUCACGUGAAUGGGACUCGUCCUCCGUGUCAGGGUGAAGGAGAGACUCCUAAGUGUGUGGAGCAGUGCAUUGAUGGAUACUCACCGUCCUAUCAGAAGGACAAACACUUUGGUAGACGCACAUACAGCGUCCCGUCCAAACAGGAGCAGAUCAUGACCGAGCUGUACAAGAACGGGCCUGUGGAGGCAGCUUUCUCUGUAUAUGCAGAUUUUCUGCUGUACAAGGCUGGUGUGUACCAGCACAUGACAGGGGAGAUGCUGGGAGGUCAUGCUAUUAAGAUCCUUGGCUGGGGAGAGGAGAAUGGGACGCCCUACUGGCUGGCUGCAAACUCCUGGAACAGUGAUUGGGGAGAUAAAGGUUUCUUCAAGAUCAAACGUGGAAAUGAUGAGUGUGGUAUUGAGUCGGAGAUGGUUGCAGGAAUUCCACUCAACUAGAUUAAAUGAGUCCUGGCUGCAAACAAUCGUCAAAUCAAGUCAAUCAGGAAAGAUUAAAAUAAAGACCUUAUUUUGUAAAAGACUUGAGUAUUGCAUUUAAAGGCAUUCAAAUAUAGAGAGAUUUCAGUUCAUCAUCAAUGAAUAAAUUAUACAACAUGGUGAAACAAGAA